AUGUCAAAUAUAUACACUCUAAGGGCCUUUUUCUGUGGUCAGUGGUCCUCAGCAGUACGACUUGAUGGAAAAACAGUGAUUAUUACCGGUGCAAACACUGGCAUUGGCAAAGAAACUGCACAUGAUCUGGCAAAAAGAGGGGCCAGGAUCAUCAUUGCAUGUAGAGAUAUGCAAAAAGCUGAGGCUGCCCAAAAGGAGAUAAUUGAGGAGUCUGGGAACCAAAACAUAAUCAUCAGGAAGCUUGAUUUGUCUGACACCAAAUCAAUCAGAGAGUUUGCAGAGGGAAUUAACAAGGAGGAGAAACAACUCAACGUUCUCAUCAACAAUGCAGGUAUCAUGAUGUGUCCCUACUCUAAGACAGCAGAUGGCUUUGAGAUGCAGUUUGGGGUCAACCACUUGGGCCACUUCCUGCUUACCUUUCUGUUGAUUGGUCUACUGAAAAGGUCAGCACCAUCCAGAGUUAUCAUCCUCUCGUCCAUGGCACAUGCAUGGGGCUCCAUACAGUUGGACGAUAUCAACAGCGAGAGGCGCUAUCACAGUAGGAGGGCGUAUGGGCAGAGCAAACUGGCCAACAUCCUCUGUGUUCGCUCACUGGCCAAAAGACUCAAAGACACAGGUGUGACGGUGUAUGCCGUACACCCAGGCAUAGUGCGGACAGAACUGAAGAGACACAUGAACCUUGGUUUACUCAUCAUGUGGAAGAUCGUCAGGCCUUUCACCAAGACAGCCGUGCAAGGAGCCCAAACCUCCAUCUACUGCGCGGUGGAACCAGAGCUAGGAACAGAGAGCGGCGCGUAUUACAGUAACUGUGGGAUCGGGAGCUGCACGAGAGCUGCCAGAGACGACGAGAUGGCGGAGAAACUGUGGGAGCUUAGCUGCAAGAUGCUCGGAAUAACCUGGGAAUGA